UUUAUGUUCGACAGAGUCUUCAAUAAUGAGGCUCGACAACAAGAUGUUUACGCAUCAACCGCCCAACCUCUUUUGCGUGGACUGUUGGAUGGCUAUAACGCCACUGUGUUUGCUUAUGGGGCCACUGGUUGCGGUAAAACCCAUACUAUCAGUGGUACUGAAGCAGACCCCGGAAUCAUCUAUCUCACUAUGGCCGAUCUUUUCCAACGAAUACAAGACCGCAAGGAUGAAUGGAAUACAGAAGUAAUCGUCACUUUUCUUGAGAUCUAUAAUGAAGAAAUUCGCGAUCUUCUUGCGGAACCUGGUACAGUUUCUCCAAGGGGUGGACUGCAAAUACGCGAGGACAAAUCUGUCAAGGUUGUAGGACUUGUCGAGUCACAUCCUAACAGCGCAGAAGAAGUAAAGGAGAUUGUUCUGCAGGGUAAUUCUCGUCGCACUCAAUCUCCUACUCAUGCAAACGAAACAUCAUCCCGAUCUCAUGCCGUCUUGCAAGUACAUGUCACCCAGGCUCCUCGAACUGCCUCAAUUACCGAGCAACGUACAAUGGCGACAUUAUCCAUCAUCGAUCUUGCUGGUAGCGAGCGUGCGGCCGCUACCUCAAACAUGGGGCAGCGGAUGGUAGAAGGGGCAAAUAUCAACAAGUCCCUGUUAGCUCUGGGCAAUUGUAUCAAUGCACUAUGUGAAAGCGGAGGUGCCAUACGACACGUACCAUACCGCAACAGCAAGCUUACGCGCUUGCUGAAAUUCUCGCUCGGAGGAAACUGUAAAACCGUGAUGAUCGUUUGUAUCGCCCCCACAUCGCAGCAUUUUGAUGAUACGCACAACACGCUUCUUUACGCUGAACGCGCCACGAAGAUUAAGACUAAG